CCUCUUGGAUAACGCCAUGUCGUGGAAGCGCCUCAUCCGCUUCAUACCAUCGAGUGGCCCCUCUGGCCCGCUCAUUGGCGAGCCAGUCGACGCUGCUCUCGACGUGGGAUUAGCGUCGCUGGCUGACCCAGGGUCGAUCGCAGCCGCCAUCUUCUCUGGCUCGUCAGUCUUGUCGCCAGGCGAGCGGACAGGGGAGAUCAGAAACGUCAGUCGAUUGCUGAGCCCCUUGGCGCAGAGUGAAGUGGGCACCAUUCGCUGCAUUGGCAUCAAUUACCUCCGUCAUGCAGAGGAAGUCAAGAUGGAGAUUCCCAAGCAGCCUGUCCUGUUCAUGAAGCCCGAGACGUCUCUCAAUGACCCUUAUCCUGCGAAAGUCCCAAUCCCGCAUCAGUUCGCAGCUGAUGACGCCUGCGACUACGAGUCAGAGGUGGCCGUCGUGAUUGGCAAGGAGGCCAAGAAUGUAACCGAAGCGGAUGCCAUGGAGUAUUGUCUGGGCCUCACAGCCUCGAAUGACGUCUCGCAAAGGGUUGCGCAGUUUGCCCAAUCUCAGUGGUGCUUCAGCAAGAGCUUCGAUGGCGCAUGCCCAAUCGGCCCAGCGCUGGUCAACGUCAAAGACAUCGAGGACAUCGCCUCGAUGAAGAUCAAGGGGAUUCUCAACGGCCAGGUCGUUCAGGAGGGGGGGCUCGACGACCUCAUCUUCUCGAUUCCCAAGAUCGUCUCAUUCCUUUCACAGGGCACGACGCUGAAGCCAGGUACCCUCAUUUUGACCGGCACACCCUUCGGCGUGGGCUGGACUCGCUCCCCGCGCCUCACGCUCAAGGAUAACGACGAGGUCCGAGUCGAGGUCAGCUCCGGAGUUGGAACGCUCAUCAAUCGCUUUGUCGUCGAGGAG